AUGGAAGCACCCGCAACAGAAGGCAUCGAGCCAGAGGAGCGGUAUCUCCUGCGAAUCGUCAGGUCAGUUUCUCAUGACCUCGCUCUCGAAUGUUCCGGGGCAAAGGAUAACCGGCCAGACUAUAGCGGCGAAAGCGACCUCAACAACGCAACCCUUUUCCUCGGCAGCGGCCAGAAUCUGCUCCUCAGACCGUCCUCGGCCGGCACUCCCGAGCAGUCGGUCGUGGUGAAAAGGGGCCAAGCCCAAGGUCAAUCGACCUUCAUCAUCGAUGGUCCCUUGGCCUCAGGGGAGUCUCUGAUCCUCCAAGGCCCGAGCGGCAAGGGAGAGCAUCAGCUCAGAGCCUCCUCUAGGGUGACCCCCUUCGGGAUUGGUAGUGCAAUCUGCCACGACUCUUGGGAGGUCGCGAGAGACGCAGCGGCGCGGAGGCUGUUGCUGCGCUACACGAACGAGAAUUUCGGGGACCGGCGCUGGGUCGCUGUCCCUCCUCGGGAACCCGACUCCGGGGAUGAUGCGUGGGAGGUUUGGUGGUACGAGCCAUUGCCGUUCAACGCGAAGGAUUUGCCAGGCGCCGUCGCGGUUGACGUCGAGCUGGUCCCCGUUUGA